CUUAGCCUACCAGUCUUCUUCUUCCUCUGUUUAGCUUUUACUUUCAUUUUCAUCUUCCUUCCUUCUUCCUCCUCCCUUUGUUUUCUCUCCUUUUAUCUUCGAUCUCUCCUGGUUUCUGUUUUUAGUUUCAAAAAUAGGUAGGUUUUGGAUGGGUUGAUUUGGUCGAUGUACUUCUUUUAUAUUUUUUUGUUAAUCUGUAAUCUUUUCAUCAACCCCUCUGGAUUGUUAUAAAUAUUAUUGUUAUUAUUUCAAUCUUUUUAAGUUUUAAAUCUGAUUUUGGAUUUGUCCUUUGAAGGAUUGAAUCUAAAAGUCCAUUUAAAAAAAAAUAUUUCUUUCCGAUGAGGAGAGGUAGAGUUGCCGCCGCCGCCGCAAACGCCUUAGCCACGAAACCGGCACUACAACCUAGCGGAUCUAUUAAAGAACUGAGAUACAGAGGUGUUAGAAAAAGACCAUGGGGCAGAUUUGCGGCGGAGAUUCGAGACCCUUGGAAGAAGACAAGGGUGUGGCUAGGGACCUUCGACUCAGCUGAGGAUGCUGCUCGGGCUUACGAUGCGGCGGCGAGGUCACUCCGUGGACCCAAAGCUAAAACUAAUUUUCCUUUAGAUUCUUCAAAUCUCACGGCCUUUCCUUUAGAGACGAACCAUCAUCACCACAACGAUGGGUUCAUAGACCAACACCGGUUAUACACGAUGGGCGAUUUUCUCGAACACGGAGUGAAUCCACAGAUACCGACGAGGAGUAGCAUGAGUAGCACGGUGGAGUCAUUUAGUGGACCCAGACCGGCCCAACCACCGCGACAGAAAUCGACGAAUUUUUCAUUGGUUUCGACUAAAAAGUACCAUCCGAGGACGCCGCCGGUAGUGCCGGAGGAUUGUCAUAGUGAAUGUGAUUCGUCGUCAUCGGUUGUCGACGACGGAGAUAUCGCAUCGUCUUCGCGUAGGAAAACAUUGCCUUUUGAUCUCAAUUUUCCACCGUUGGAUGAAGAUGACGAUCUCCGGUGCACUGCCCUAUCUCUUUGAUCACGAUAACGAUGAUAAAAUCGGCGAAGACGAAGAUGGCAGCCAAUU